AUGAGCGCCGGUUCACACAAGCGGGCACAGGGCGAGCCGGCCUUCGCGCAGGUUUGCGUCGCCCCACGCAUGCCGGCGCUGCUGCGCCCGCAGUUCCAGGUGCUCGACGCGGACAACCUCAAGGCCAUUGACCGGCGGCUGCAGCACGAUGACGCCACACGGAAGGAGGAGGAGGCGAUUCAGGCGCGGUGCGCCAGCUCACGUGAGCGGUCGCGUGCGGAGGCACAGCGGAAGAUAGAGGCGAUCCAAAAGCGAACCGCACGACACGCAAACGCGGCGGCGAUGGUUGAGGAGCGCCGCCUGCAGGCCGAGUUCCGUCAGCUGUGCAACUGGUAG